AUGGCUUCGAUGAUCCACACGGAGACGUUCGAUGUGGUCGAGGAACGCGUUCGGCAGACGGUGGAGGACUCACAGGAUGUGGUAGAGACCCUUAAAGACGUUGCGAUAGGCAAAUCUCGGUCGCGCGUUCAGCGCGCAACGCUAGUGGUGGGCAUUGCUGGAGCGACUGCCGGCGCUUUGGCCGGCCUCCCCAUACUCGGCAGUGUCGCUGUCGCUGCAGGGACGGCCAGUCUCACUGCUUUGACCGGAAAGAUCGCACACGACCGCUUUGCACAGCGGGCUGCAGAGGUAGCCGAAGGUGGCCGACAAGUUGCAAGGAGGAGCACCGUGUGA